AUGGAUAUGGUGAGUGCGAGUGCGAGCAAAAGGAAGACGACGAGUUUCCACAGUGAGAAGAUGACUCUAGAAGAUUACCUGCUCCUCAUUCAAUCCAACUCUCACCUCCAUCUCACCGUCGCUCAUCUCAAUCAGAUCAUUUCCAUGCACAGAUACAAGAAGAUCUACAAAGUUCCCAAGGCACGUUUGAGCGACGCCGUGGGCUCUCUGUCGCUAGUUGAUCCGGCUCGCUCGACGCUCAGAGACUACAUCUCUCCGUUUGGGAUCACCACCUUAGAGGACGUCGUCACCGACCUCGCCGACCUCAACUGGAAGGAGUGCCGCGUCACAUCCAUUGAAACCCAAAAUUAA